UGUUUUUUUAGACGAUUUUAGACGAUCGGUACUCCUGAGUUUACAGUUCUGGUCGCUUAGGUCGCACGACGUAUUUAACGAUUUUGGAAGCGACAAAUGCCAAAUCACCCCCAUUGAUAAACCAUAAAUAGUACCGCAAUCAUAUUUACCAAUGAAUAGCAAAAUAAAGGAUACGACAUGCGAAUUAUGUGGCCUCGAGGUGUCAAAGUACCUCUGCCCCCGAUGUGGCCUGAGCUAUUGUUCCCUUCCCUGUUACCGAUCCGGCCCUCAUCAAUCCUGCUCAGAGUCGUUCUACCGAGACUGUGUCACCUCAGAACUCAAGUCACUUUCACCAAAGGACGACUCUCGGAUGAAAUCCACCCUGCAAAGAUUCCAUCAAAGUCAACAAGAAGAACCUAUGAAUAAUGAGUACCAAGAAGAGAAUGAUGAGGUGUUGUUGGACUCUGAUGAUGAAGAACCCUUGGCCGAACGACUUGCCGGGAUUGAUUUAGACGAUGCCGACAAAGUUUGGAGUGUACUAACGGAAGAAGAAAAGUCAGAGUUUGGUCAGUUUGCGUCUUCCGUGGAUAAGGUUGAACAAGUUAUGGAAGAAUGGGUGCCAUGGUGGGAGCCACAGCCAGUCAUUCUGGUUCAAGAGGUGGAAGACGACGACGACGACGACAAGAAGAAAGACAGCAAAGAUGUCUUACCACCUACAAUUGUGGACAACAUUCCACCCUUGAUCACGCUAACUAAAGUGACACCCAAUCAACCCCAAGUGUCUAGAGGAUUGACCAACGUGGUAGCGGCCUACGUUUGGACCAGUCGUCUGUACAAUGGCGAUUUCCUCACUUACCCAAACUCACAUGAAGUACUGGCUGCACUCGUGAACCUCUCUUCGUUUCUGAGACAGGACGCUGUCUUCACAUCAUUCCAACAUGCGUUAGCUGAUGUGUCAUUGAACGCUUGUCAUAUUCCAGAACUAUUUGACGGCGGUCCUGCCCUGCAGGCCACAUUAAAUAAGGAUGUUUUCCACAUUUUAGAAGGUGCGAAUCUUUAUGAGCAGUUUUCCAACACCGCCACCACUACUGCGCCAAACAGGUCCACGCUCUCUGCUUUAAGUGAGUGUUACCGACUGGUAGACAAGGUUAUUGCUACCGAGAAGAAGGACCAGAAUAAUAGCAAGAAGAGUAGCAGCAUGCAAUAUAUUUCAAACAAAGAGGAAGACAGCUCUCCCUCCGCAUUUAGCAAAAAAUACCCUACUGAUACCCGUAGCGGAUCUUUGUCCGCUGCUGUUGAGCCAAAACUGAUGAGAAAUACGCGUAGGAAACUUUAUUAUCUUCUAGCGUUUGCCAACGAGCAUCCCAUUCUCCCCUCGUAGGUUACGCAUCAUAUCACAAUAAUAUAUAGAUAAUUCAUCUAUGCAUAGAGUAGCCUGCUGUUCGCCGAGUUGCCGCUUGCGGACGUGUCAUUUGGAUGAGAUUCAUCAUUUUACUUUGAUUUUUUCACGCACGUAUUUAUAAUUGGACAGCGGUCCACCCACUACCCAGUCAAAACAAUUGU